AAAAAAUCAAACGAAGGUCAAGAUAGUCAUGAUUAUGAACUUAUGAAGUCAUUAAAGUAAAACAAUUAUUUAUAAAAUCGAAGAUCAUCAUCUAACAGACAUUCAAAAGUUGGCGUGAAAGUCAGUAGUUAUUCGUGCUCUAUUGUGUUUGAAAAUGAAUCACUUUUCAGUAAUUGUUUUGUUUUUGUCUUUGGGUUGUACAUUAUCUAGGGAGCUCCACCCAAUCCUACCAAACUCCAACAAAUGCUUCGACACCUACACCGACGUACAACCCAUCAACCUGAGCAGUCUGACCAAAGCCUGCGUCGAGUCUAUUCCAGAAAUUAACAAUUGCCAAGGUUUGGCUUUGGUUUCGGACGAAAUCAUACUUUUAGCAUGUAACGAAACAGAUGACGAAAACGUAAAGCCCUUGAAAAAGGGUUGUUACCGGAUCAUAAAACAAGACGGAAACGAGGGCGUCGUUUGUCAGAGAUUUAAAAAGAGGAAUUUGUGCGAGGUUAUUAAAACUCCCGCCAACUUGGUUAUCGAAGUUUAUUGUGACAGGAGUGCACGAGGAAUUGUCAAUGUCAGACAGCUGAAGUUGACACGUUAGAAAGUUGUUUUAGAUUGUUGUCACUGUUAAAUGUGAUGUUUCAAGUGACAGGAGUUCAGUAUAUAACUACUAAUUCUCCAAGAAAUUAUUAUAAAUUUAACAGUUUUACUGAUUUAUAUAUAGAAAAGCACAUUAGCAUUCAUUAUUCGUUCAAAAAUUAGGUUAUGUGAAAUCAAUUACGCCAAUUUGAUUUACCCAAAAGUACAAAUGAACUACGUUAAAUGUAUUUUUACUAUAGAUUUUUGUGAAAAAGCAAUAAAAAUUUGGCCCAAUGACAAAUUAGUAGCUCAAUGAAUGUAUGCAUUUAUUUAAAACAUUUCUAGAAAAAAUCUUAUCAAGUAUUAUUAGUUAUUAAGUUUUUUUACAUUCUAUACUAGAUUUAUAUUAUAUUUACAAAUUUGUAUAAAGAUUGUAGAAAGGAAAAAUUAAAAUUUCCAAAAAUAUGUA